AUGCCUCAGGCUGAAGCCCGCCUGACUGCUGGGGACCCGGUGAAGAAUGCGCGGGCGCUGCUUCGUUACGCGCUGCCCAUCAAGAAUGACUCCGCUCGGCGAAUCCAGGCACGCUUUCCUAUCGCUACCAUUACAUCUUUGGAGGGCAUCAGCGAGCAGCUGCGCAUACCAGGCAGCAAGGCGCUGGGGCCCAUCUCAUCGGCCGUGCGCAAGAGCAAAUCCGUACUCAACAACGACAAGGCCAAGAUCAUAGCGGACUUUGCGCCCCAAAACAAGGAAGCAGGUCUGAGGGCGAUUGCGGCCCUGGACAAAUCGUUGGACGAGUUCACAGCUCUGCUGGACGCGAAGGACAAGCAGGAGAUCCCCAUCAAGCAGCAGGAGGCGCUGGGCUUUGUGGGGCAGGUCGAGGAGGCCAUGGUCAAGGGGUUCCCCUAUGAAGUGCCGGCACAAUAUGCCAACCUGCCACAGCUCAAGGGGCGCGCGACGGUGGACAUGAAGAUAAAGCUGAAGGAGGUGCGCAACGACGGCGUGGAGGGGGGGAACCUACGGAUCGUAGUGGACGGAUUCAACGCGCCCGUAACGGCCGGCGACUUCGUGGACCUGGUGAGCCGUGGCUUCUACACCGGCAUGGAGAUCCAACGCGCUGACGGCUUUAUCGUACAGACCGGCGACCCCGGCCCGCCGGAUUUCGGGUUCCGGGAGGGCGACCACGUGCGGCGGAUUCCCUUCGAGGUGAUGGUGAAGGGUGACAAGGCGCCGUUCUAUGAGGAGACGCUGGAGGACGCCGGGCGUUUCAACGACGAGCCGGUGCUGCCCUUCAAUGCGUACGGCACCAUGGCUCUUGCGCGCGGCGAGUUCGAGGCCAAUUCCGGCUCCUCCCAGGUCUUCUGGCUGCUUAAGGAGUCAGAGCUGACGCCGUCAGGAGCGAAUCUGCUGGACGGGCGGUACGCAGUGUUUGGGUAUGUGGUGGAGGGACAGGAUCUACUGACUCAGCUGCAGGUCGGUGACCUCAUCACAGAGGCCAAGGUUGUGGAUGGCCUCGAGUUCCUGCAGGCACCCAAGGUCACCUGAUCUUUUACGGUCCUCUCUUUAUAUCUGGAUGCCAUCUAGGCUUUUGAGGGUGGCCAUGAUUUAUUCAUGCCGCGUGACUUUUGAUAAGCAUACAUGUGGCACUGCUGCGGUUGAAUACCGCACAGAGACUGGAUAGACUGAUUCGGAUGGAGAUCAUAGAUAUCUUCUUGAAGGAUGACGCAGUAAUGUGUGUCGUGCUUGAUAAUUGCAAUUUUGGAGAAAUAUUGCAUGGGUCCUUGAAGCACGCAUGUGGCUGAACGUGAUCACGAGGAGAUUUGCUGGCUUGCAUUUGUCCAUAUGGUAGGGCCCAUUUAUAUGGUGUUGAUUAGGCAGGCUGAUUAACAUGCGCUGCUGCACAUUGCCAACAUGUGAAUGGCGUGGAUGCGCAGAUCUGAGAGGUCUGCCGGUUCUGAACAAGUUCUGAACAUUUGGAGCACGAUGUUAUCAGAGAGAUUGUAAAUUUGCAAAAC